AUGGGAGUUUCCUCGUGGUUAACUCUACUGAAAAGGGCCUUCAGGUCUCCUACUAAGGAACAUACUGAGAAAAGGAGCAGCAGAAGAAGAAAAGAGCAGGAGCAAGAAGAAGGAGAAGAUGAAAAGCGGCAAGAGAAACAAAGAUGGGUUGGCGGGAAACGUACUUACCAGGUUCAGCAAUGUGGAGUUAAGGUAGCAGCAAAUAAUAGUUAUGCACCUAUGAAUCCCAUGGUGGCUGCUGAGGAAAGGCAUGCAAUUGCAGUGGCAGCAGCCACUGCGGCGGCAGCUGAAGCUGCAGCGGCAACAGCUCAAGCAGCGGUUGAGGUUGUUCGUCUCACAAGACCCUCCAGUUUUGUUAGAGAACACUACGCUGCUAUUGUCAUUCAGACAGCUUUCAGAGGUUACCUGGCAAGGAGAGCUCUUCGAGCGCUUAAGGGACUUGUGAAGCUUCAAGCUUUCGUGAGAGGACACAACGUUCGUAAACAAAUGAAGAUGACACUAAAAUGUAUGCAAGCUCUGGUUCGAGUGCAGAGUCGGAUGAGGGAUCACCGCACAAGGCUUUCCUACGAAGGAAGCCGGAGAUCCAUGUUUGCUGAAACCAACAACAUCUGGGAGUCCAGAUAUCUUGGGGACAUACGGAAUAGAGUAUCCAUAUCCAGAGAUGGGAGUUUCUUUGCUAAGGGUUUGGACCACCACCCUCAUACAACAGAAGAAGUAGAAGCCAUGGGAAGGAAAGAAGCCGCGUUAAGACGAGGAGAAGCCCUGGCUCGUGCCUUCUCUAACCAGAUAUGGUGGAGAGGUGGCAGAAACCCAUCUGCAGGAGAUGAAAGGGAGCUGGGAGAAAGAACAAAAUGGCUUGAUUGGUGGAUGGCCAAAAGGCAAUGGGAGAGCCGCAACAGCUGCAGAAACUCAACUGAUAGAAGAGAGCCAGUAAAAACUGUAGAAAUUGAUACAUCUAAACCUUACUCUUAUUCUGCUCCCACCAUCAAAAGAUCACAGCGUCGAUCUGUUGCUUCUCCCAGCCAAAGAGCACACACUAAUCUGUCUCUCCACCAAUCACCCAUAACGCCUUCACCAUCCAAAACCAGACCCCUACAAGUGCGUACGGCAAGUCCUCAAUGCCUACACGAGGAGAAAUGCCAUCCAACAGCAUACACCCCUACCUCAACUUAUCAUCACAAUGGUGCCAUGUACCACAGUGGAAUAGGUACAUGUUGGGGUACUUCUGCUGCUGUCACCCCCAACUAUAUGGCUGCCACCGAGUCCGCAAAAGCCCGGGUUCGAUCUCAGAGUGCACCGAGACACAGGCCCUUGAUGCCAGAGAGAGAACGUGGUGAAUCAGUGAAAAAACGUCUUACUUACCCAGUUCCCGAACCAAGCAAGGGUACUAUCAGCAAUGGCUAUGGCAAUUUGAGCCAAAACCUGAGAAGCCCCAGCCUCGAGUGUGUUCCACAUGGCAACUAUUGCAGAAUGGAGCAACAUGCAAACCUGUUCUCAGGUUUUACAGAAAGCCUUGGUGGAGAAAUUUCUCCAUCUUCAACUACUGCAGGGAGGUGGUUGGGGUAAGGAAGUAAAAGUAAAUGACGAACGAUGAUUGAAAUGAUGGUGAUGAUAAAUCUAGCAGGUAUGGUCUCUUCUAUUGCAAAUUGGGGUCUAAGGUAGCUGAAAAUUGGGAUGAGAUUGCAUAAAGGAAUGGUCUUAUUUGAUGGUACAUA